UCGAGCACGUGUUUGAGAAGCUUAUUGAAUGGGUUCCUCUGUGGUCAUAUAUAAAAUUAAUAACCAUCUAUUGGUUGGUGAUACCGCAGUUUAACGGCGCAUGUUAUCUUUAUUAAAACCUUAUUCGUCCAUGUUUUCCACCUAAACUGCACGAUAGUAUCAGGCAGUUUAAUGAUUCUUGUUAUGUCUACCAACGCCUUCUAUAUUUGUGCUUGUCUGUCAACCUUCAAACUGUUACUGACUGGUUUAACAAACCAAUGGAGGAUCCAUCUCUCAAGAAUGAAACAUUUCUGGCUGUGGCAGAGAGGUAUCUUGAAGAAAAUGGUUCUGAUGCUCUGGAGAAACUUAUUGCAGACAAGGAUUAUAGUUCGAAUCAUCAUGCAGAAAAGAUCAAGCCUACUGAUACUAGUGAUGAAGCAGGAAAGCUUACCCCCAACCAGGAAUAUCCGAUUCAGAUUGAGAAGAAAACGACAGGAGUGCAGGUCAAGGAAAUGACAGUUCCAGCAGAGGCUGAAGAGAUUAAACUUCCAGGGAUUAUAUUUUCAAAGCAAGUUCCAACAGAGUGGACUUGUGCAGUAUGCCAAGUGACGACCACCUCAGAGCAAAACUUGAAGUCCCAUCUUAAUGGAAGGAAACAUAAAGCAAAGUGUGAAGGGGUGAAAACUUGCAAGCAAACGGCCAAAGUGAAGGAAGCUCACCUGUUACAACAAAUUCUAAUCUGCUUAAUCAUGAGAAAGUCAAACACGAAGCUGCAGCACGAUCAGAGCACAUUGCUAAUGAAGCAGCUGAGCCCAAACAGAUCAAGGAAACAGCGCUUCCAGCAGAUGCCGAGGAGAUUAAACUCCCAGAAACUAAUUCCGUAAAGAAAGUUCAGACAGAGUGGACUUUGCGGUAUGUCAAGUGACAACUAAGGCAGAGCUUUACUUGAAGUGCCAUCUUCUAGGGAGGAGACAUAAGGAAAAGUGUGAAGAGCUGAAAACUUGCAAGAAAACGGCCAAAACUGAAAGGAAACCACCUAUUACUUCAAAUAUGCCAGACAAGCUUAAGAAGGAGCAAGUAAAACAUGCAAUUUCAACACAAAGAAAGCACAGUACUAAUGAAAAACCUAAAGAAAAGGUCCAACGAGGAGCUACUGGACAACAUCAAAAGAAGAAGCAAGUGAAGAAUGCUGGUGGUGCUACUCAUUAUUCUAAGCUGUGGUGUAGUUUUUGUAAAGUUAGGUGCGCUGGUGAGAUUGAUAUGGCUUCACAUCUUAAUGGUAGGAAGCACUUGGCAAAACUUCAAGAAAUGAUAGAGUUUUACUGGUGGAACAUGCACUUUGGAUUAUGCAAAUAUGCAAUUUUAUCAGGGUAUUUGAAGGUGUUUGGUGUCAUUUAGGGGAUUUACUGUUGAAGCAACUUUGUUUUAUUAUCGAUACUGAAAUUCAGUUGCUUAAUCACUGGGAAGGAAAAAAGAGGGGUAAGUUUAUGUUGAAAGGUGAGAUAUCAUCGUGUACAAUCAUUUGGUAUGAGCAAUCAG